GGCACCAACCCCGGAGAGGGUGAGCCUCCGGCUCAGCUCCCUUGCUUGCAGAUUGAGCAAUUUGGGAGCGGGAGGAGCCGAGCCUAGCAAAGCGGAGGAGAGGGGGCGCGGGAGGCUGGGCGCACGGGGCUGGCCGGCAGCGCCCCUCGCCCCCUCCCGGCCCCUGCCCGGGCCCCUGUCCCUGCCUUCAGGACUGCAUCAGACGGAACAGGACAGCUGGGGCCCGAGCAUAGCAGGAUAUCCAGUCGAGGUUUCAGUUUGAUGUGACUGUGUCUUGAUGUUCCAGCAGAAGUCAUAAAGCAGCUGUCCCCGGAUGUGACGGCGUCCCUUUUCCCACCUUUCCCCAAGCUUCUGAGGUGGGGAAGGGACUUCUGAAUUCCCUAUGGGGCUGACAGCAGAGCUGGUCCUCCCCUGCCCAUUUCCAUCACCCCCUGAGAUUAUGGUAGCUGUGAGCGAUGGUCCAGACCUGGGACCCACCUCGCUGACCCAGCUCUGCAGCCACUAGCUGGAGCCAGGUGCCCCCAGACCACGCUGCCUUCCAGGGGGCCAGGAGCUGGGGAGUGACUAUGCGGCUUGGACUGUUGGUGGUGGCCCUCAUUCUGAGCUCGAUGCAUCUUGCUGGCAGCAGCCGAGGGUUGAAGGGGAAAAGACAGAGGCGGAUCAGCACAGAAGGAAGUCAGGCCUGUGCCAAGGGCUGUGAGCUGUGCUCGGAGGUCAAUGGUUGCCUUAAGUGCUCCCCUAAACUCUUCAUCCUGCUGGAGAGGAACGAUAUCCGGCAGGUUGGAAUCUGCCUCCCAUCCUGUCCGCCUGGAUAUUAUGAUGCUCGAAACCCUGAUAUGAACAAGUGUAUCAAAUGCAAGAUUGAGAGCUGUGAGGCUUGCUUCAGCCACAAUUUUUGCACAAAAUGUAAGGAGGGUUUAUACCUUCACAAGGGCCGCUGUUACCCAGCCUGUCCUGAAGGUUCUUCAGCGGCCAACAGUACCAUGGAAUGCAGCAGUCCUGCACAAUGUGAAAUGAGUGAGUGGUCCCCAUGGGGGCCGUGCUCCAAGAAGAAGAAGCUCUGUGGUUUCCGGAGGGGUUCAGAAGAACGGACACGCCUUGUGCUACAGGCUCCCUCUGGAGACCGUUCUGUCUGUCCCAGCACUAAGGAGACUAGGAGGUGUACAGUGCAGAGGAUUCCAUGUCCUGAUGGGCAGAAGAGGCGGAAGAACGGGCAGGGCCGAAGGGAGAAUGCCAAUGGGAAUCAGAGCAGGAAAGAAAGCAAGGACACCCGCCCGGGCUCUCCUCGAAGGCGGAAGGGACCGCAGCCACCGCAGCCUCGAGGGACAGAAGGCCCCCUCCCGCCUGCUGCUUAGGGCUGAUGCCAGCCCGGGGCCUGGACGCUGCUAUGUAUAGGAGAGCUUUACCGGACUGGAGUUCUGCUGCAGGGCGUCCUCCUCCACAUGUGCCCGGGCACACGAGACAGGGGGACCCAGCUAGAAAAGACAGACAAUCCCACGGGCCCAUAGCGUGUCCAAACCCAGCUGGGAAGGCAGGCGGGAGCUCGUUCAGACACCCCAGUCUGUGCAGAGAGAGCUCACAAGUGUCUGCAGGAAGGCUCGCCAUGCACACCUGUGCCCAGGGAGGCGUGGGCAGGCACGGGAGGGCACAGCCCCCCACCCACAAGCACGCAGAUAGGCCCCUAAAUACAUACAUGUACCACAUGCCUCGGACUACGUGUGCACCCACUUACAUACUAGCAGGCUGGAGCAGGGAAAGCUUCCAGUCCCUUGGCCACAUGCAGAGGGAGGCCCCCUCAGCUCUGGGCAGAAGCAGGGCUGAGAACACUCGCUUGAGAAGGUCCCUUGAAAGCAAUUAAAAUUUUUCAUUUUUGGAGAACGUUCCCCAGCGGUGGGACCUCUGUCAACCAGGCUGAAGUGUGCAGAUGGCAGUGUUGGCGGAAGAGACAGACAGGGCUGGCUGGGCCUGACUGCCAGGUGGAAGCCCAGGCUCCCUAGAGGCUGGCUUAACAAAGGCUCACCUUCUCUCUCUCCUGUCCCAUGUUUCUGGAUGUAAGACUUUCUCUUGGAAGAAUCUAUGUUAAAUGUCCAUGGUAUGAUGUCAGGGGAGACCAGCCCCUGAAAACUGCUUAAAAAUUUAUUUCAAAUUAAAAAAUGAAAACUACCAGCCAUAGUCCUCAAGGGUAAGGAGAGGGGUGGGGCAGGGUUGGGUAUGGGGAGCAAGGUUAACCUGCAAGAGACACAGCCAGACCUCAGGAGUUUGGGGCAGAUUCUUAAAGAAGAAAAGAAAAAAAAAGAAUCAUGUUGAAAUUGGGACGGCAGUAGCUAGCCCUCUUAAGAACCCCUUAAGAACUAUAAUAAUUCAUAUUUAUAUAGUUUAAUGUUUAUAAACUUCUUUACAUUCAUUAUCGCAUUUGAAUCUCAAUAAUGCUGAGUACUGUAGAUAUUCUCACCCCCCCAUUUUAGAUAAGGAAACGGAGGCUUAAAGAGUUACACAACUUAUCCAUAGUCACAUAAACAAUAAGUAUAGGAGGCAAGAUUUUAACCAAAGUCUUCUUUUCCUUAAGUCCAGUAUACUACACACUAUGUCAUGCUAUCUAUCCUGGGAGAAAAAAAUGUUAUUUGCGUUUGGUUCUCAAAUAGGACCAUGACUUCAGAGAGAUGAUGUCAUGAUAUGUAAGUGAAUUGGAUUUAAGUGAGGGAGGGCUGUAUAAAGUCACCGGCUUCAUUUUCUCCUCUGGAAAAAGGGAAGAGGACUUGAAAUGAGCUACGAUGGAAAAGUUCUUGAUUAUGAAAAUCCUAGAAAGUGAGGAUGGGAAGGGACCUCAGCCUCUAGUUGAACCCAUAGGUGAAUAGGUUUCCCCAUUAAGAGACAGCUGGGUGUAUAGUAGAUAGGAUCAGAUGAGAUAAUAGUUAUAAAGCACCUGGUAGCUGGCACUUAAUAAAUGCAUAUUUCUUCCCUCCCUCAAACCCUGAAUCUGGUCAGAAAGAUCUGAGUUCAAAUGUGACCUCAUUCAUUCUGAGUUGCCGAGACCCUAAGGAUCCUUGGCAAGACAUUUAUCGUGUCUGCCUCAAUUUCCUCAACUGCAAAAUGGGAAUAAAAAUGGUACCUACCUUCUAGGAUUGUUGUGAAGUUCAGACAAGUGUUUAACAUAGCACCUGGCACCUAGUGGGUAUUUCACAAAAUAAAUGUUUCCUUCUUUCUUUCCACUAUAAUAACCUUAGACGGGAUCAUCCAGCCUCUCCUGGAAGAUUUCUAGAGCUUAGAACCUCACUACUCCCAAGGCAUCCCAUUCCACUUUUGUUCAGCUCAGUUCAUUAAGAAGUUUUCCCUUCCACAGAGACAAAGUUGUUCUCUCCAUGACUUCUCCACAUUGGUCCCUUCUUGUUUUGCUUUACUAGAGGUUUUCCUUCCCCAAGUCUUCCCUUUGAUAAACAGUUCAGAGAAUUGGAAAGAAUCUCAGCGGGCAUCUAUUCCAGCCCUUAAGUAAAAUAUAUGAUCCCCUAACACUUCUCCACCUCCAGUUCUAGAGCUAAGAAAAAGUGCAAAUGAUUUGCCCAAGUUCACACAGUAAGUAUCAGAGGUAUGAUUUAGACCAGUCAUCUGAAUCCAGAGCCAGUGUACACCAUUCUCCCUCCAACCAUUCCUAACAUAUCCAGCUUCUCCUUGAAAACCUCCAGUGAUGAGAAGCUCCUUCUCUCUACCAAGAGAACUCAUUCAUACCAUUUUGGACAAUUAUUAUUAACACUUAGAUCUUUCAACCAAUUCUUGUAUGGCAAGGCUUGGAGCCCCCUUGAAUGCAGAAUAAGUAGGGGCCAGAAAGGUGGUAAAAAUCUUCAAGAUCCUCGUUAUGAAGCUUGGUGCAGCAUGUUCUGCUGAAGGCAAGUAUAUGAAAGAAAUAAGAAUUUCAACUUUAUCCUAAAUUUUCUACCUUCUGUACAUCUUCACUCUAUAAGCCUGAUGGUUCCUAACUAGAAUUUGGAGUGUACGCUAGAACCUAGUCUGGUCUAUCCAUAGGCAACUUGAGAGGUGACUACAAGGGAAACUAAAUUAGGUGCUACUGGCACUCAAGUCAGGAAGAUUUAAGUUCAAAUCCAAGCCCACAUAGUUUUCAGUUGUGCCUGAGUAAGUCACUUCAUCUC